AUAAAUAACUGUAACAAAUAUAAGAAUAAAAAAGGGUUGAUAGAUAUGAUAGAGAAGAUUGUUGUAGCAGCAGAAAACACUGAUGCAAGGCUAGAGGCAAUGAGUUUGCUUUACCAUUCACUAAAACAGGUUAAGCUACAGUCAACUACAACCUGUGUCUGUGUCGCGUAGUAAACCAAAAAAAAAGUCGCCUUUUUUCUUUGUCUCCCUCUGCCGCGCUGGUGCGGGCCGCUGGAGUUCCCGACGAUUGUAACUAGAAAAAGUAGCUGGAAUAUUUGAAGUCCUGAGAAUUUAGAUAUGAAGAAGGCUUGUUCCAUUCAGGGACCACUUAGAGAGGAAUUCACCUUUUCCACUACUUCUGCUCCCUUCAAAAGUUGUCACGCCUCUACUAUUGUUGAGGUAGAUAAAGACCAUUUUUUGGCUGCUUAUUUUGGAGGAAGCUAUGAAGGAGCACCUGAUGUGAAAAUUUGGUUGCAGAAAUACAAAGAUGGCUGCUGGUAUCCACCCCUUGUUAUCGACGAACAACCUAAUGUUCCAAUGUGGAAUCCUGUGCUAUUUAAACUUCCAUCCGAGGAGUUGUUGUUAUUCUAUAAAGUAGGCCAAGAGGUUCAAAAGUGGAGUGGAUGCAUGAAGCGAUCAUAUGAUAAAGGUGUUACUUGGACAAAGAGAGAGCAACUCCCUCCUGGCAUACUAGGACCUUCUAAGAAUAAGCCUAUCUUGCUUGAAAAUGGGGUUUUGCUCUGCGGAUCGUCCGUAGAGAGUUGGAAUUCUUGGGGGUCAUGGGUUGAGGUUACAACAGACUCUGGUAUAUCCUGGAAGAAGUAUGGCCCUAUAUAUGUUAAAAAUAGGUCUCUCAGUGUGAUUCAACCGGUUCCUUACAUUACUUCGAAAGGAACACUGCGUGUUCUAAUGCGAUCUUUCGAGGGCAUCGGUAGAGUUUGUAUGUCAGAAUCCUACGAUGGUGGUCAUAACUGGGAUUAUGCAAAACCUACUCAACUUCCCAACCCAAACUCAGGUAUCGACGGGGUUAAGCUGAGCGACGGUCGCAUCUUGCUUGCUUAUAAUACAAUCUCAAGAGGUGUGCUUAAAGUUGCAGUGUCCACAGAUGAUGGUGAUUCAUGGAAUGAAGUUUUAACACUAGAAGAGAAUUUGGAAAUGGAAUUCUCUUAUCCGGCUGUUAUUGAGGCUAGCAAUGGACUUGUUCACAUCACAUACACAUAUAAUAGGACCCAGAUUAAGCAUGUUAUCCUUCAACCAAAUUGAUUCUGCACUGGCCUUUGGUUGUUGGGGGACUGAUGAGCUGCCCAGUAGAUGACGCUUCGAAUUCUUCUCUCGAAAGAGUGGACCUCCUCAACAAUUUUCAUAUCAUUGCUUUGCAUUUGAGCCUUGAUGUGACCUUGUUCUUUUGCUACUUGCGAGUGAGUAUUAAUAAGAUUGAUGUUGUUGGACUCGAAUUUGAUUCCAAGCAGUGUUUAUCUAUGCUGUUUAAACUCUUUUGUUGAAGUACUUGUAUUUAACUUCCAAAGAUUCUUUGUAAAAACUUUAAAAAGAAAAAAUCUCGUCAUAUUAAUGUCGUAA